UUUUCGAGUGACGUCAUUUCGUCAUAUAACGGAAUCUGGGUAACGUCGAUUUCAAGCAAUUAUAUUUUAAAAUGCCGAAACAGCGGAAGAAUGCAUUUUAUUUCUUUAUGAAGGAAUUGCAGGAACGUUAUAAGAAUGUUACAAUGAAGGAAAUGCCUGUAAUUGCUGAUCCUUUUUGGAAAAACUUACCUGAUAGUGAGAAAAUGAAAUAUGAAACUAUGGCAAGAGAAUACAAGAAGGAAGAAAACAUAACCGGAAAAAUAUAUUCUGGUGUAACGUUUUCCGAUAACAUUGUACAUGAUAAAGAAGAUGAAGAAGAAAAGGCAGAGGAAGCAAUGAAAUUUGUCGAAAGAUACAUAUUCCAAAUGAAAUCUGUAGAUGAAGUUAAAGAGACACAUUUCUUCAUUAUAGAUUUUAAUGUUUUAUGCUGCACUGAUGAUGAAUAUAUUCCAUUAGAAGUUGGAAUUAUAAAAUAUUCAAUAAAAGGAGGAAUUGAAGAUUGUUUUCAUACAUUUAUUAAUGCUGGACCUAUACCUAUUGGAUAUAGUCGAACUGCAAUGCAGCAUAGUGAUGACACUCAUAAAAUUCCUGUAUCACAGUUUACAUUAUCAGAGAGUAACUAUUUAAAAAUUUGUAAAAGUAUUGAAAACUUCGUCAAUUCGGGAAGAAAUGAAAUUGCACCCGUAUUUUGUUUAGAGGAAAAUAUAAAACAGAAUCAAGGUUGUCUGGAUUGGCUUUGUAAGAAAGCAAGUUAUUACAAUAUACAAAAUAUACAAUGUUAUAGCUUGGUUUAUCUUUUAAUGGAACUUAGGGCUUAUGUUUAUCAUGCAUUUCCAUGUAAAAUUGCUGCAGCUGAUAUGUUACAUUCUUUUACCUAUGAUUACGUAACUAAAACACGUUGUGAUUAUCAUGAAGAUCUUGAUAAUAUAUAUUGUGCACUUGGAUCUGUCAAACGUUUGUGUUUUUUGCUUUCUGAUGCUGUUUGUCUAUUCUAUGAAGUUGACUGCACUUCAAAACAUUUACCUCCAAAAAUUGAUGAUGGCACAAAAUUUAAAAUUUACAAACCCAAGCUUCCUCCAGCAUUGCCAGUUAAAACUGUCGUUGAUAUUCCAGUGAAACUUCUCAAAUCUCAUGUUAUCACUACAAUUAUCAAAAAAGAUAGAGCCAACAACAAUACAUCCCAUGAUUUCCAUGCCCAUUCAAAUUCACCUAGUUACCAUGCUAAUAAACCAGAUAAAGUAUUUUCAACUAAUGACUUUCCACCUUUAAACGAAUCAAAACCAGGAAUUGACACCACUGAAGUGAGACAGCCAAAUACUUUGAAUAAAACAAAAGCGUUUGAUUUAUUCAAAAAACUUAGCCUGAAUCAAGACAAGAGAUUUGCAAGUUCGAGUUUAGGACGUGGUAUUGGACGUGGGAAAAAAAUCCCAUAAAAUUCAUUUUUAACACUGAUUUGUUAUACAGGUUUUAAAGUAC